AUGCCUUCGAUAUUUGAUUAUGCAUCUUACAUUAAACAUUUGGAUUAUUAUCCGAUGGUUAUGUCGGUGGUAGAUUGGUUAAAUGAGGUAUAUUUUGCAAAUCAGGAGACGAGAACAUUGGAGGCAGAUUAUAGCAAGGCGGGGAUGAAAAAACGAACCAUGGCGGAAAAACAGAAAUCCAAGCACGCAAUAGAAAAACCGAAAAUAAACACAACGGUGUUUCUCCUGAUGUUGGCGUUAUUUACAAUGUUUAAGAAUCAUGGCGCGAAAUUGACCAGUCUUAGGGUGAUGACUUAUUCGAAUGGAUGUAAAUAUGAUGAAGAUUGUUAUACAUUGUUAGGUAAAAGUCAGUUUUUACCACUGGUAUCACCAAUAAGGAGUUUAGAAGUGAACACGGAUUAUUGUAAAACUUCAUUUUUGACGGCUCUUGCAGGAGUGUGCACCAAUCUGGACUUCCUACACGUUCAAAAAGAAGAUGUAGUUGGGAAGAAUACUUACUCAAUUUCCGAGACCCAAACAACCGCCUUAAAAUACAUAAUCGCCUCCCAACAAUCAUUGAAAUCCCUAAAACUAACGGGAUACCUCUGUGACGCCAACUUUCGAAAACACGUGUUUCGGGAGGCUAUAGGCAGUCAGGUUAGUUCUUUGCGAUGCAUCGAAUUUCAGGAAAUGUGGUUCAAAUCGAGAGAAGACCUGGAUGUUUUGACAUUUUGUUUUAAUUUGGAAGUGUUGAAGUUUAAUUGGUGUUGGGGAUUGACCAAUGAUUUAGUCAAGGUAUUGGUGGAUGCCAAAUUUCUACGACUGAAGGUUGUGGAGAUUAAAGGAUGUUCGCCAUGGGAUUUGAAAGUUUGGGCUGAAGCUUAUCAAAAGUUCUAG